UGACCUUCUUCGCGGCCUCGUCGCUCGUCCUGGAGCCAGACGAGGACCUUGAAUGUUUUUUGUCUGGGAUAUUUGAUUUUCUGCGUUCUUUUGAUUGUGCAGACACACAGCCAUGCCUACGACGCUGGAAGUCCCCCCGCUGCAGGAGCUGAAGGUGGACGAGGUAAAUGUGUCGUCUGCGGUAUUGAAGGCUGCUGCCCACCAUUUUGGGUCCCAGUGUGACAAACCCAACAAGGAGUUCAUGCUCUGCCGUUGGGAGGAGAAGGACCCCAGGAAAUGUCUAGCUGAAGGGAGGAAAGUCAAUGAGUGCGCGCUAAACUUUUUCAGGCAAAUCAAGGGGAACUGUGCCGACUCCUUCACCGAGUACUGGACCUGCCUGGAUUAUUCUGGUAUGGCCGAACUGCGUCAGUGCCGUAAGCAGCAGCAAUCCUUCGACAACUGUGUACUCGAUAAACUCGGAUGGGAGAGGCCUGACUUGGGAGAUCUGUCGAAGGUGACCAAAGUGUCUACCACGCGGCCCCUUCCAGAGGACCCCUACCACUCUAGACCACGUCCGGAGCCUAACCCAGCCAUCGAGGCCAAACUGCAGCCUUCCAAACACGGCAGCAGGUUCUUCUUCUGGAGCUCGUGAGGGAGCUCCCGAAAAAUCAGUCACCCUCCCAAACCAUGAGCUCUGUCCAAAAACAGCUGGGCUUCUAGUGACCAUUCAUACGUCCAUGACACCCAAAGGAUGCUGGUGUGAGGCCCCGAGGCUGUAUUUGGACAGGGUUCAUGCCCUAACGGUAUUUUCAGCAGCGACACCUCCAACAUUGUCAACCUGUUAAAGGAAAUAUGGAUGGAUAACAUCAUGUGAACUCAUGAAUCCAUGCAGCUUUCUGGCUACUUCUGUAAAUGGAACAACUGAUCUAAAACAAUAUGUUAUUGUUGUUGUCAAAUAAUAAAGAGAUAAAUUAUAA